AGGAGGACGAGGUUGGAGGGGGGGGAAGAGUGUGCGUAACUGCGGUUAACUGGAGCGGACUUCAGCUUCCCCGCAUCUUGGAGAAAAGAUCCUACUCCCCCCUCUGCUGCCUCUGAGGCUGUGCUCAUCCGCUACAGAUACUAACUCCGGACCUUCUGGAAAGAGGAAGAGAGAGGCUUUACUACUGUUAUUAUCAUUUCUUCUUCUCCUCCUCCUUUUUAAGGCAGUUUUGUGCCUGGAAUCAGAGGACUGAGUCAGAGGUGGGAUUAUUUCUGCACGUUUUCCUCCAGUUCCGCACCGGGUCACCUGGCUCCUCCUGGGAUUCAGGACUACUUCCAUCGAGUCGUCAGGAGCCAGUGGCGAAUAGGGAGAUGAAGACGUUAUCUCUCCUCUCCCUUCUCCUCCUCUUUGCCUCGGGAGCCUGUGACGAUGUCAAGUACAUCACCAAGAGAAAUUCAGUGGAUGGAUGCAUAGACUGGUCGGUGGACCUGAGGGAGUACCACGUCCUGGCCGGCGAGCCCGUUCGGGUCAAAUGUGCCUUGUUCUACAGCUACAUACGAACCAACUACACCAUGGCCACCAACGCCAAGCUGCGUCUCAUCUGGUACAAGAACAAAGGAGAUGCGGAGGAGCCUAUCAUCUUCUCCGGUCACAGGCUGAGCAAAGAAGACGAUUCCAUCUGGUUUAGAUCUGCUGAAGUGGAAGAUAACGGCUUCUACACGUGCGUUCUAAGGAACUCGACGUACUGCAUGAAAGUGUCCAUGUCGAUGACCGUGGAAGAGAGCGACGAGGGGAAGUGCUACAGCAGCAAAAUCCGGCACCUGGAGAAGGCCGAGGUGACCCACAGCAAAAUGAUCACCUGUCCCGACAUCGAAGACUAUCUGGCUCCGUACAAACAACCGCAGAUGACCUGGUAUAAGGAGUGCGAGCGAGUGGAAUGGAGGAGCUUCGUUACCGUCAACACUACGCACGUCUGGAUUCCUGAGGUGGAGGAGGGCGACGCCGGGAACUACACGUGCGAACUGCAGUACGGAUCCAAGCAGGUGCGACGGACAACGCAACUCAAAGUGACAGCGCUCCAGACGACUCAGCCUCCCAAAGUCCUUUUCCCUCCAGAGAGACAAGACACGGUGAUAGAAAUCACGCCUGGUAUGUCCCUGAGUCUGGACUGCAAGGCCUUUUUCGGCUACAGCGGAGAAAACAGGAGACCCAUCAUCUACUGGAAGAAAGGAGAGAAGUACGUGGAAGAGCUGGCAGGACACAUCAAAGAAAGUGAAAUCAUGAUCUUGAGGGAACAUUUAGGCGAGAAGGAAGUGCAGGUGUCGCUGACGUUUGACGCCGUGGAGGAGGCAGAUCUGGCCAAUUACACCUGCUACGUAGAGAACCGCAUCGGGAAGCGCAGCGGGAGCGCAAUACUGCAGAAGAAAGAUAUGUAUCGCCUGGAGCUGGCGGGCGGCCUUGGGGUCAUCCUGCUGCUGCUGGGGAUCCUAACUGCGCUUUAUAAGUGCUACAACCUGGAAAUCAUGCUCUGCUACCGCAGACACUUCGGGAACGACGAGGCUGAAGAUGACAACAAGGAGUACGACGCCUACCUGUCCUACACUAAGGUGGACCUGGACUCUUUGGGCAGGACGAGCAGCGACGAGGAGACCUUUGCUCUGGAGAUUCUGCCGGAUGUUCUUGAAAAGCAUUACGGAUACAAACUAUUUAUACCAGACAGAGAUUUAAUACCCAGCAGUAGAAGAGUAGCUGUGAUCCUGAGUGACCUAAAACAGGACAGAAAAGCCUACAUUGAGGACUUGGCGCGCAGCGUGGAGCAAAGCAGACGCUUGAUCAUUGUUUUGACUCCAGAAUUUGUUGCCAAAAGAGGCUGGAGCAUCUUCCAGAUAGAGACGCGUCUCCACUCCAUGCUGGUUACAGGAGAGAUAAAGGUGAUCAUGAUAGAGUGCGCAAACUUGAAGAAUGUCAUGAACUACCAAGAGGUGGACGCGCUGAAGCAUACAAUCAAGGUCUUAUCUGUUAUCAAGUGGAGGGGUCCAAAGAGCAACGAGCUGUCCUCCAAGUUUUGGAAGCAGGUGGUCUAUGAGAUGCCGGCUAAACGCAGAGAGACUCUGUCCAGACGUCAGGUAAUGGACUCCGGUGAACAGGGCCUCUUUGGUGACCUACAGACCACUGUCUCCACCAUCGCCAUGACGACCACCUCUGCCUCACUAGCGCCCCCUAACGAGAAUCGCCAUGGCCAUCAUCAGGUUGCCUUGGCAACGGAGAUCCCUGACUACAACCAGAUGACCUUGCCACUGGGAGGGGGUCACACUGCUACGGCUGCCCAAAUGCGGCACUUCUGCCGCAGCUACGAGUUCCAGCUUCCCCCACAGCCUUCUUCCAUGUCGCCCCCGCUCCCGCUUCCCUCCACGGUGCAGUUCUCCACCCUGGGCCCCGGGGGGCGCCAUGUCUAUUGCAACAUCCCCAUGACGCUGCUGAAUGGACAGGUGAGGGAACCUGUGUCUUCCUGUUUUUUCUCGUUCCUAGACAGCCACUUAACACCCACCAUCUGCACAGAGUAUCCUUUUGUAAUGAUCCAUGCUGUUAUGUGCUUGCGUGUGCUCGGAGUUGAAAUCAAAUAAAAAUAAAAGCCCUCUUUUCUCCCCAGGGGUUCAGAGCAGUUCACUGGGGAACAAGAGGUCUGUUUGGAUAAAAGAGAAGAUAAAAGAAACAUUGUUUCAUUUUGUGUAUCGCUAGAAUAUGUGUUUAUUCUAAAAGUAGAAAUUGGGACAGGAUGAUGAUAAACAGUAGGCUUGGACUAGUAUUCAUAUCCCUCAAACGUCUCCACAUUUUGUCACGUUGGUACCCCAAACUUUAAUGUACAGUAAUUUAAAGGGAUUUAAUAUGGUGAACCAAACCAGUGCAUAACUGUGAAUCGUAUAUGUUUUUUUCAAGUUUUCUUUACAUUUACAAUUCUGGAAAGUCUGAUACGAGUUUUAACCCUAAAUAAAGCCAGAGCAAACAAACUGCCUUCAAAACUCAUAUUAUUAUUAUAAAUCCUUUAUUCUUACAGGAGACUCAAACCAAAUACUUUGAAAAACCCGUUUCCCCACCUUUACCUGUGGCGGCGCUGCAUUAAGAACCACUGAAGGAAACAAUCCCAGAACCUCAGAAGAAGACAUGAGCGCAACUUCUUUCUUCACAAAACGUAAACAAAAACGGCCUCAGAUUGUAGGAUUUCUCUCUUAUCUUACCAAGAGUCAUUUCUCCCAUAAGCACUAGACUAGGGUGUUUAUAUUUGCUUGUAUUUACCCAGAAUGCCCUGCACAAUAGACUCCUUCCUGCUUUUGGAGCAGUCUCUGGUCCUCAUGGCAUUCAUAUUUGCAUUCGAAUCAGGCCAGAGUUCACUUCAACUAAACGGAAGCCCAGGCUUGUAGAUGGACCAGAGUUCAGUUUGUUGGUCCGAAUCAGAGUUUGAUUAUUCACAUCUCCCCAAACGAACCGGACUUUCUAGACAAACAAACUGGAGUUGGAUUACAGCAGACUGGAUUAAAUCCCAGUGAGAAUGUUUGGUAAGGGCUGAAAGCUAACAAUAUGUUCUGAAAUGCCCAACAUCCAAUCUGUGUGAGUUUAAGCUCUAUUGCAAAGACAAAUUGUCAAAAAUGUCACUGUUGGAGAUGUACUAAUCUGGUAGAGACAUAAAGGCUUGCAGCUGUAAUUAAAACCAAACGUACUUCUUUGACGUAUUAACUCAGGGAGGGAUUCAUGCAUAUCUCACUUUUCAGGUUUCUAUUUGUAAAAGAUUUCAAAUCGUGGAACCUUCUGCUUGUCAAUCACAAAUAUGCAGUACUUUGUGUUGGUCUACCAUAUAAAGUCCCAAGAAAAUAUGUUGAAGUUUGUCAAUGUGACAAAAUGUGAAAAGGUUUAAGAAGUAUAAAUACUUUUGCGAGACUCUGUCUGUAGAUAAGGCAUUAAACAUUUAGCAUGCAGUAGCAAUGUGUCUCUUAGAGUUAUGCUGUAGGUUUUUGUUCGGACAUAUGUAGGAGUGGAUUGUUGACACCUGUGGCUCUGUGUUUGCCAGGUGUCUCAGAGCAGUACGCUUGGGAAGAAGCCAGACCUCCACCUGAACAGCACCUUCGUACCGCUCACCAGCAGAGAACUAAGCUCUGACAUCUGGUAGACUGACGGCUCAGUCGGUACCCGUUUACGGACCGCUGGGCAGACGCCUUCUGGUGGAUUGCUUGUACAACUGGACUUUGUUUGGGGGGGGGUUGACUUUGUACAGACUUGAGAGUUAGAUGGCUCCUCGAAGACUGCCUGAGGACUGCUACUGGGUCACUUCAUACCACAUCAUGAACAAAGAACCUUAGUGGAGGAGGCGUGUCUUGAAUCUUAAGAGUACUGAAUAAAAACAAAUUCUAAGAACAAUUGCUCUCUGUGAUGAGGGGAGUGAACUGGCUGCAGAUUGACACCAGCUUGGAUUGACUGACCAACAACAUGGCCCACUGGGCAGAGGAAAAUUGAGUUUUUAGACAGAUGCAUGGAUAAAAGUACUAGAAAAGACUGAACAGGGUCCAGGAACCCUAAAUGAUUAGUAUGUGCAGACUCUAGGGACUCUGUUUGUCCAGACAGCUGCCAAGUUGCAUCUUAGAGCACAAAAAGGUUUCUCGAUCGCAGAUUGUUCUCACACCAGCUGCUAUGGAAACUGGUUGACUUGGAGGCUACUCUCCACAGAAGGGUCAGUCGGCUGAAUUCUGUCAUUCUUUUCCUGAAUGUAGGUCAGUCCUUGGGAAAUCAGUCUACCUGUUGACUACUGUAGGUGUUUUGGGAAAAUACUCCACCUGAAAACAACAGUCAACCUCUUGAAGCACUAUAACUAGCUAGCUGGUUUGGCUCAUAGAAACCGAGCUGGUUGACUUUGAAAUGUUUGUUUUUUUUAUAUAUACAAUGUAAACCAUUAACUAAAAUAGCAGAGAUUUUUCUAGGAAACAUUCAAAUAAAUAGCUAUCAUCUAACUGAAGGCUAGCUAACUGAAAGCUAGCUUUCAGGUAGCUAAUAGGUUUCAGUUAGCCAAUUGAAACCUGUUAUGAUUGUACAACUGAAAGCUAGCUAACUGAAAACUUUAAAAAAAACUAAAAACUUUUUCUAAAAUUUUCUAACAAAAAGCUAACUGACAGCUAGUUUUCAGGUAACUGAAAACUAGCUGUCAGUUAGCUAGCUUUCUAACUGAAAGCUAGCUAACUGGAAGGUAGCUAGCUUUCAUUUAGCUAGCUUUCAGUUGUACAAUCAUAACAGGUUUCAAUUGGCUAACUGAAACCUGUUAGCCUAACUGAAAACUAGCCUUCAGUUACCUAACAGUUUUCAGUUGGUGGUAGAUGGUAACCGGCUACCAUAACCUCCAAAUGUAGUCGACUCGAAGCAAACGGAAUCGGAGAUUAUCCGCUACCACCGAACUAAAUCGUAUUUCGACUUGGCUUCCUUUCUAUUUGCAUGACCCACCCAUUUAAAUACCAAAAGAGGAUCCAACAAACACAGGUAAAAGAGAAAAAUGACACAAUCAUUUGUUGCAGCCUUUUUUUUGUUUUUAUAAUGAACCUGUUGUGUUGAUGCGGUAUGUUUUGUUUUCUGUCCGGCCAUGGCGUGAUGGUUAAAAACUGACAAAAAGGGAAAAAAAGGAGGCUUCCCUCCGAUAAAAAUUUUGAUAUUUAUUUGAUCAUGUUUAAUUUAAGAGUUUAAUCCUCUUCGACUGUUUUUUUUUUUUCCACAAAGAUUUGUUUUUACUGCCUGUUUGUUACAAGAAUCUCUGUACAGCUUUCCAUUACUUCUGUAUAGAUCCGAACAUGACAGUGAUUUGUUCUCUAGGUUUUCCACUAGCGUCAACGUGCUCCAGAGGCGUUCCGUUUUUGUUCUCUUCCUCGUUUUUACAGACAGGUCGAUGGAUUGCCCCUACCGACGGACUGAUGUUUUAAACUCUAGCGCCGCCUGUCAGCCGAAGGGGGGUAGGGCGGUCCCACCGCAGAAGCCGCUCUAAAACUACAAGCUGAAUCAAGCAUUCUUCUUUUUGAGCUUUAAAGGAAAUAGUUUAGACCGCAAUAUUUAAGCAAUGUGGAUAAUGUUUUGAAUUCACACAAAGGUACUGUCAUUGUCCUAUUAGAGCCAAUGAAAUUCUGGACAUUUUGAGGUUGUUUGAUACAAUAAUUACUUAUGAGUUGUUAUAUUCGAUGGCAAUAUACGGUAUAAUAGUUGUUUUUCUUUUCCCUUUUCUGCUCAUUUCUUGGACUAUACUUUGAAUAUAUUUGUUGACAUUAUUUAACUGAGAGCAAAUAAAAAUGCAUUAGUUGUUUUAUUAA